UGAUUUAUUUUUUUGACUCUUCAAAUGCCUUAAAAAACGAAUUAUGAUGAAAAUUUCUUCACACUUUCUUCUUCUUCUUCUUCUUAUUAGAGCUAUCUCUAAGUACUGUUGUUGAUCUCUGUUGCAAUAUCCAGUGAUGUCUUCUUCACAAGUUCUUUUCGUGGUUCAUACAGACCAUGACUGCUUCUAUGGCUUUAGAGGAUUCUUGGCUGUGGCAAAGGGAUUUCACACGUUGGCCUUGUAAUCAACUACAACAAGCUCUCCAAGAAUACAGAAGAAAACAAAGGCAUGGCCACCAAUGAUCUAAACAAAGAGCUCUCAAAGAAAACAAACAUAUUUGGUCUAAAAGUAUGGGAAGUCGUUGGAAUUGGAGUUGGCGUUUUUAUAAUCUCAAUCCUCUGUAUUCUCUCACUUUGUUUAACCUCAUUCAACAAGAAAUCAAAAAAAUCAUCACCACCCAAAUUUCCUCUUACUCAAAUCCCAUCUCAUUCAAAGGACAUAAAGGCAAUUCAUAUAACAACGACUACUGAUCACAAAAAGCCAACAACAACCCAAACGGGAAAAUUUGAAACCAAUAAUAAUAAUUACAGUGGUGAAUCAGGAUCAUUGUUUCAUCCAUUGAGUUAUGGCUAUGGAUCACAAUCAGGAGAUGAAGGCAGCUCGGGAACUGUCACAACAACAACGAUGUACCGACGUUCGACGUCGCCUACGACAACGACAAUGACGGCUCCUUCGCCGUUGUCAGGUAUGCCGGAGAUGUCGCAAUUGAGGUGGGGGUACUGGUUUACUUUGAGAGAGCUGGAUUUGGCUACUAAUUUGUUCUCAGAAGAGAAUUUGAUUGGAGAAGGAGGGUAUGGAGUUGUGUUUAGAGGAAGGUUGUUGAAUGGGACACCAGUGGCAGUUAAGAAGAUUUUUAAUGGACAAGGCCAAGCAGAGAAAGAAUUUAGAGCGGAAGUUGAGGCAAUUGGGCAUGUAAGACAUAAGAAUCUUGUUCGUCUUUUGGGAUAUUGCAUCGAAGGGACUCAUAGGAUGUUGGUGUAUGAGUACAUAAACAAUGGAAGCUUAGAGCUAUGGCUACAUGAAGGAAUGGGAGAGAAUACAUAUCUUACAUGGGAGGCUAGAAUGAAGAUCAUGUUGGGGACAGCCAAAGGAAUUGCAUACUUACAUGAAGCCAUUGAGCCAAAGGUGGUGCAUAGAGACAUAAAGGCUAGCAACAUACUAAUAGAUGAAAAUUUCAAUGCCAAAGUAUCAGAUUUUGGGUUAGCAAAGUUGAUGGAUGCUAACAAAACUCAUGUCACAACAAGAGUUAUGGGCACAUUUGGUUACGUGGCUCCUGAGUAUGCAUACACCGGACUUCUAAAUGAGAAGAGCGAUGUGUAUAGCUUUGGAGUUGUGUUGGUAGAAACAAUCACAGGAAGAGAUCCAGUAGACUAUGGACGUCCACCCAAACAGGUGAACGUGGUGGAUUGGUUAAAGAUGAUGAUUGGAAGUAGGAGAUGUGAAGAAGUGGUAGACCCAAAAAUAAUAGGAGUUGGAGGAAGGCCAUCGACAAGAGGGUUGAAAAGAGUUCUAUUGGUUGCAUUGAGAUGUGUUGAUCCUGAUUUUGACAAGAGGCCAAAAAUGGGCCAAGUUGUUCGAAUGCUUGAGUCUCAAGAUCAUCAUCAUCAUUCAUUAUAAUUCUCAACUUCGUUCUUUUUAUGUAUAGGAUAUAUAUUUGAUUCAUAUUCACAUUAUUAUUGGUUAUAAAAUAUAUAUUAUUUGUGUACUUUUUUAACUAUUUCGAUCCUAAAAUGGAUGGUGAUUAAUUGUGAUA